GAAUAUAUCAUCUCAAAUAAAUUACUUGAACAUGUCUCAAAAUGCAAUUAGAGGUGAACUUCCAAUGUCAUUGAAUAUUGCAUUGGUGGAAAUUAUCGACUUAAGAUCAAAUCAAUUGGAAGGGCGCCUUCCAUGGCUAAUGAAUUUUGUACGUUUUGUAUCAUUUUCAAACAAUAAGUUCUCAAGCGGAACUGAGUUAUAUCUAAACGGGAACAUGAGUUUGAUGGUAGUGCUUGACCUUUCUCAAAAUCAUCUCUCAGGUGAAAUCCCUAAAUCUAUAUGUCAAAUGUCUUCAAUAGUUCUUCUUGACUUAUCACACAACAAUCUUUCGGGAGAAAUUCCAAAAUGCAAUGGUAAUAUUUCCAGCUAUAAGAUGCUAAAGUUUAUCAGCCUGUCAUACAACAACUUGAGUGGUUCAAUUCCACAUUGGAUAGGGAACCUACAGAGGUUAUUAUCAUUGAACCUCAACAACAAUGUUUUCCGAGGGGAGAUCCCACUUUUCAAAAAUUGCAACAAGCUUAUUACCCUUGACUUGGGAGAAAAUUAUCUUACAGGAAGUAUACCUUUAUGGAUUGGAGAAAAUUUAUUGUCCCUAAAGAUCUUACGCUUACACUCAAAUAAAUUCCAUGGAUCAAUUCCCUUGGAGCUAUCCAAACUAAAAGAUCUACAAAUCUUGGAUCUUGGAAAAAAUUUCCUUUCAGGUUCAAUCCCAAAAUCAUUUAAAUUUCUCAAUUCAAUGACUAUACAAAAUAAGAGGCUUGAAACUCUAAUUCCUCAAGAUAGUCAAAUAACUCUAAAUUCGGGCCAUUACUUCUCAACUUCGAUGAAUUUUAUACCUGAUUCAAUAAUGAUCGGUAUAAAAGGAAUAGUUUAUGAAUUCAAAGGCAUACUCUCUCUUGUGAAAAUUAUAGAUCUUUCUUCUAAUAAUCUCACUGGUGAAGUUCCUACUAAAUUAAUGUGCCUUGUUGGAUUGAUGAGCUUGAAUUUAUCGAGAAACCACUUCACGGGACAGAUACCAAAUAAAAUUGGUGUUAUGCAAAGCUUAGAAAAUUUGGAUCUCUCAAGGAACCAUUUCUCAGGAGAUAUUCCAAGAAGCAUUGUGAUGCUUAGUGCGUUAAGUUAUCUCAAUUUAUCCUAUAAUGAAUUGUCUGGUAGAAUCCCGACGGGGACCCAACUUGACACUUUUAAUGAAUCAAUUUACUACGGAAAUCCAAAACUUUGUGGAAAACCACUACAUAAGACUUGCGAAGGUGAUGAACAUAAAAUACAUGGCGAAGGAGGCAAUUUUCAAGAUGAUGAUGAUUUUGGUUUGUUCCUCGGCAUGGGACUUGGUUUCACUGUUGGACUAUGGACUGUAUUGGGGACCUUAUUGCUCAAGAGGUCUUGGGCGAGCACUUACUUCCAAUUCCUUGAUAAAGUGAUAAAUAAUAUUUAUGUAUUUGUCAAUGUGAAAGUGAAUCAGUGGUUUAAUCAAUAAAUAACAUAAUUAAACGAUGAUCAUUUAUGUAUUUGAGUUAUUUCAUAAGUGUUGUUUGUGAUCCUAAUGUAUAUAAUAUUGUGUUGUACUAAUAUUUCAUUCU